CGGGCUGCUCUCUAAUUAAAACGCAGACACACACUCUCUUCUUUCCACUUGUAAAACCCAUUUCUUUUUGGGGGAGCCUUCUUUGGCUUUUCCUCCUCCUCCAACUUCAGAUCUGCUACUCGCUCUCUUCCUUUCUUCUUCUUCUUCUUCUUCCACAGUGCGGCAGGAGGAGGGUGGCCAUGGGGUUUUUGUGGGCUUCCCUGUUGCUUCUCCUGGCGAGGUGGGGGGAAGGAAGCGAGUUAUGGAAUGUGAGCGAGCUGGAAGCUGCAAACUAUGUGAUUUCCUCUGGGAGCUCUCCUUUGUUGGUGGGACUGACAACCAUUCAGUCUGCUGUCGCCAAGGGAGCUGUAUGCUUGGAUGGGAGCCCACCUGGUUACCACCUUCAUCGUGGCUACGGAUCUGGAGCAAACAACUGGAUCAUCAAUUUAGAGGGAGGAGGCUGGUGUAAUGACAUCCGAUCAUGCGUUUAUCGAAAGAUGAGCCACCAUGGUUCAUCAUACCACAUGGAGAGCCAGAUGCAAUUUACUGGAAUACUCAGUGACAAACCUAAUGAAAAUCCAGACUUCUACAACUGGAACAGAGUCAAGAUUCGCUAUUGUGAUGGUGCAUCAUUUAUGGGCGAAGGCUAUAACAAGGCUGCUGGCCUUUACUUCCGGGGGCAACGUAUUUGGUUAGCUGCUAUGGAAGAACUAAUGUCACUUGGAAUGCGCCAUGCUAGCCAGGCCCUCCUUUCUGGAUGUUCCGCGGGUGGUCUAGCAACCAUACUACACUGUGAUGAAUUCCGAGAAUUAUUUCCAGGAUAUACAAGAGUCAAGUGCCUGGCUGAUGCUGGCAUGUUUCUUGAUGUUGCAGAUGUAGCUGGUGGUGAGACCAUGAGGUCCUACUUUAGAAGUGUAGUGAAGUUGCAGGGUGUCUGGAGGAAUUUGCCAAGAACAUGCACUGCUCGCAUGGAUGCAAUUUCGUGUUUCUUCCCAGAAAAUAUUGUUUCAAAUAUUCAGACUCCAUUAUUUGUGUUGAACGCUGCAUAUGAUGUGUGGCAGUUACAGCAAAGUUUAGCUCCCAAAACAGCUGAUCCUAAUGGUUAUUGGAGAGAAUGCAAAAUGAACCAUGCAAAUUGCAAUGGAUAUCAAAUGCAAUUCUUGCAAGGGUUUAGAAAUCGAAUGAUAAAUGCAGUCAGAGACUUCUCCGGGUCGGGGAAAAAUGGCUUGUUCUUGAAUUCUUGUUUCGCUCACUGUCAAAGCGAGAGGCAGGAUACAUGGUAUGCGAGUAAUUCCCCGCUUCUUGGACACAAGAGAAUCGCCACCGAUGUGGGAGACUGGUUCUUUGAACGGGGCCAAGUGAUCGCAGUAGACUGCUCAUACCCCUGUGACAAUACCUGUCAUCAUAUUGUUUUCAGGGGGAGUAUCUGAAUGAUUUGUUUUCAAUUUCUUCCUCUAUUCAUUGUGGUCGUUGCCAUCUUCAUUGGCUAAUUUGUCAAUGUCGGGAAGCAGCAUAACACAGAGAAUAACAGACGAUGCGCAAGUGCCUCACUUGCUAGUGAUUCAGAGACAAGGCGAUACAGUUUGCCUAAGACACACCGUAUCCCCUUAUAAAAUUAAUCAGACAUUCGAUGUUCUCUAUCAUUUAUGCAAAGAAAAUUGUCAUUAAUUUGACUGUUAUAAUUUUAAUGUUAUUUAUGAUUCA